AUGUCAAAUAGUCAUCUCCAUCAAGGAGUGGAGGUCCCGGCGUGGAUUUCUGUGAUUGGCGGUUCUGUUUCCGGACUUGUUUCGCGGUUCGUGAUAGCGCCCGCAGACACCGUGAAAAUCCGGCAACAAUUGAAUGGCAACCAGGACAAGUACAGAGGAGUGAGCAGGACGAUCCGCACGAUUUUGCACAACGAGGGUAUUCGAGCGUUCUGGAAGGGAAAUCUGCCCGCAGAAAUCAUGUACUUGCUCUAUGGAGCAACGCAGUUCGCCACGUACUCCAGUUUGAACAACAUGUUGACUCAGACUGAACAGACUCUUAAUAUCAAGGUUCCGAGCUCGGUCCAUGCGUUGGCGCUUGGAUCGCUUUCUGGAUCCGUUUCGAUCGCCAUUUCGUAUCCAUUCGAUGUUUUGCGAACGCGGCUGGCGGCAAACGAGACGCGCCAAUUUAGAUCUUUCGUCAAAGAGACGUCCGAAAUGUACUACAAAGACGGAGUGCGAUCUUUCUUCCGAGGAAUCCAGCUUUCCAUCACGUCUGUGGCAAUCAGUAUGGGUCUUUCGUUUGGAUCGUACUCAUACUUCAGAGAUCUGACCGCAAACACGCCGUUCGAGUCCACUUCGGGCUUGUUGGCUGGAAUUCUAUCAAAAACUUUGGUGUAUCCUUUGGACCUGGUGAGAAGAAGAAAACACAUGACGUACAGAGGCUCUUUCGCUCAUGCCAUCCUUCAAAUAAUAGCCAAAGAGGGCGUUCGUGGUGCGUACCAUGGACUCACCCCGGCACUCAUAAAAUCUGCCCCCACUACAGCAAUCAGCUUCUGGUGCUACGAAUGGACUGUCGACUGGUUGCUCAGCGCACAAGACCGGUUCAAUUAA